AUGGCGCAAAUGAAGAAAAUAACACCGCGACCGGUGAGACCCAAAAGUGUUGCCUCUCGCCCAAUACAAUCGGUGGCACGCGCUCCCGUCAAAAAAGUCGAAAAUACACCUCCGCAAAAACGCCACCACCGCUGGCGCCCGGGAACCGUCGCCCUGCGCGAAAUUCGGCGGUUGCAAAGUUCCACCGAUUUUCUCAUCCAACGGGCGCCCUUCCGCCGUUUUUUACGAGAGGUGGUGUCAAACUUGAAGGAUUCCUACCGCAUGAGUGCGGCAUGUGUCGAUGCUAUUCAGGAAGCAACUGAAACUUAUAUUACAUCUGUAUUUAUGGAUGCAAAUCUCUGUACGUUGCAUGCUAACCGUGUUACUCUGUUCCCAAAGGAUAUCCAAUUGGCGCUUAAACUCCGAGGCGAGCGUAACUAA